UUCCACAAUUCCGCGACCAUGGAGUGGCUAAGCGUCCGCAUCAACUUCCUCUUUAACCUCGUCUUCUUUCUUCUCCUCAUCAUUCUAGUCUCGAUACCGAGGAAUUCUGUCGAUCCUAGCCUCGCGGGGCUCGCGGCGACCUACGGACUGAAUCUAAAUGUGCUACAGGCCUGGGUGAUAUGGAACCUGUGUAAUGUAGAGAACAAGAUGAUAUCCGUAGAGAGGAUUCUUCAACUAUCUAACAUACCAAGUGAGGCUCCACUAGUUAUCGAGGAUUGCCGACCUGCGGAACAGUGGCCUAAAUAUGGAACAAUUGAGCUUGAUAAUCUCCAUGUUCAGUACAGUCCUAGCCUUCCCAUGGUUCUCAAAGGUAUAAGUUGCACCUUCCCCGCGGAGAAGAAAAUUGGAGUGGUUGGUAGAACAGGUAGCGGCAAAUCCACACUGAUACAAACUCUAUUCAGAGUGGUAGAGCCGACAGAAGGAAGGAUACUGAUCGACGGGACAGACAUUACGCGACUAGGUUUGCAUGAUUUGAGGUCCAAGUUGAGCAUAAUACCCCAAGAACCAACACUGUUUCAAGGAACUCUGAGAACUAACCUGGAUCCCCUACAACAGCACUCUGAUUUGGAAAUCUGGGAGGUUCUGCGGAAGUGCCGUCUCGAUGAAAUAGUGAAGGAAGAUAAGAGCUUGCUGGAUGCACCAGUUGUAGAAGAUGGGGAGAACUGGAGUGUGGGGCAGAGACAGCUUGUGUGCUUGGCAAGGGUGUUGCUAAUGAAGAGGAAGAUUCUCGUGCUGGACGAAGCUACCGCCUCUGUAGACGCUGUGACUGACAAUCUCAUUCAGAGCACCAUACGACGUGAGACGAAUAAUUGCACGGUCAUCACCGUCGCGCACCGCAUACCCACUGUCAUCGACAGCGACCUUGUUCUCGUACUCGAGGAUGGGAGAAUCUUGGAGUUCGAUUCUCCUUCUCACCUACUUGGAGAUAAAACAUCAGCUUUUUUGAGGCUAGUAAUGGAGUUUAUCGGAAGGUCAAAAUGUGAUCAUCAAUCGGAACUUACAUGAAAAGUAACAGAGGCAGGAGAUUGUUUCCAUAGCUGUGAAUAUCAUUCUAUGAGUUAGUCAAUGAUAAACAUGUAUACAGUCGCGCUAACAUCGUACAAAAGUCUUGUAAUUCAAGUAACAAGUUAAUUACAUCUGAUUUUUGAA